AAACCAAUCGUGUAUUGCACAGUCCAAACGUGAGUUGGCAGGUAUAAGCGUUGUUAUUCGAAGGGGCACAGGUUUUAAUUUGAAAAAUGGUGUAUGAAAAGAGAGUCUCAAAGGCUUUGGUAUUGGAAAACAAUACCGCUGAAGAUGUAGCUAGAGCUAUGAUAGAAAGUGGACUUCAGAAGGAGCCCUUCUAUAUAUUUGAUAUGGACAAGGCUUACCAGUUCAUACAACAUUUCAGAAAAAUGAUGCCAAGGAUCAAAAUGUUUUAUGCCGUGAAAUCGAACGACAGUUGCAUGAUGUUAAAGUUAGCCGCUGCACUCGGUGUUGGCUUCGAUUGUGCUUCACCGGGUGAAAUAUAUAGAAUAUUAAAACUCAAAGUAUCGCCACAGAGCAUAAUUUUAGCAGUUCCGACAAAAACACCGGAGUGGAUCUCAUAUGCAAGACAGUCCGGGAUUAAACACGCUACUUUCGACAACAUUUGCGAACUAAAAAAAAUAAAACAGUAUUGGCCAGAGGCAAACUUAUUACUGCGUAUAAGAGUUCACGCCGACAGUGUUUACGAUUUAGGAAAAAAAUUCGGUUGCGAUUUUGAAACAGAAGCUAUUGAUUUACUAGAAGAAGCUGCAGCGCUCAAUAUCCGGGUGGUUGGGGUAGCUUUCCAUGUAGGAAGUGGUUGCACAUCACCAGACAGCUAUGUGAUGGGACUUCAACAGGCUAAGCUAUUGUUCGAGCAUGAGGCUAAGGCGGGACGGAAAAUGGAAAUUGUUGAUAUUGGAGGAGGAUAUAUGAGCGAUAAAAUCGAUAGAAUAGACGAGGUGUCUAAGCUCAUAAAUAAGGCUUUGGAUGAACUCUUUCCUGAUCCAGAUAUCCAAGUGAUCUCUGAACCAGGACGUUACCUGUGCGAUAAAGCAUUUACUUUAUAUUGCAAUAUUAACACAGUGCGACAGGUACAAGUUGGUGACUCUUCUAUAAAUAUGUUGUAUUUGAAUGACGGAUUGUUUGGUUGUUUGCGGUACAAUGAACCGUGGCACACCGUCAGGCGGUAUAAGCAAUGUAAGGAAGGCGAACAAUGUGAACCAGUUAUUUUAUGGGGUCCAUCAUGUGACUCAGUGGAUCGUGUGAUGGAGAACGUCGAAGUUAUGUUACCACCUUGUACUAUUGAUGAUUGGCUCGUUUUCCCCAACCAAGGAGCUUAUACCAUGACUCUCGCCUCCGAUUUUUCUUCGUUACCAGAACCGCGUAUCCGAAGUGUUAUUUCACAGAAAUUGUGUGAAAAAAUAAAGGAGUCAGAAGUGUUUGAUUCAGAUGACUUCUUCAAACAAGACAUUUCAGAACCACUUCCAUCUAGCUUGCCACCACUUGUCACUCAAUCGAAAGUUAUGGAUUCAAAUUAUACUUUGAAGGCUUAAAAAAAAAAAAUAAAAAAUAUUGUAAAAGUUUCUAAUUAUUCUUUGAUAAAAUAUAAAAAUAUUUAGUAUAACAUAAUAAUAGAAAAAUAAGUUGUUAUAAAUGCCAUUCAGUUUUUCAUAUAAAAGUGAUUUUGUUCUUAACAGAAUGGAAAUUAAAAUAAAAAUGAUAAACAGGAAUUACCUUUCACUGGCAUUUCCUAAUAAAUUAUGUUCAUGAAGUAUUGUAUGUUUGAAUAAAUCAAUGUCAUAAUAGUAAUAA